UUAAAUAUUUUUGAAAUAUUAUGAAAUAUUCUUAAUUAAGAAAGAUGCAUGGUAGCGCAUUUUUUUAUGCUAGUUCGCAACGACGCCGCUAAGCGGCGCAUAAUGGCAAGACUAACUCGUAAGUAAAUUUUAGUUGGAGGCUAAUAUGAGCAAACCUUCGGCGAAGCAAAAUCAUGACAUUCGCAAGACAUAUCUUUGCCAGCAAUACAAUAUAAGGCUCACCUUGCAACCGUAUGCGUUAUGUCGGCAACCGAGGGGAACGAGGACAACCACGCAACCCACGCGGGGAAGCGCGGAGGGCCUCCAUCGACUAGUUCCGUCCGACGCGGUAGUAAGUGCCCGGCUCGGCCGUGAAUUUGUUCGUUUUGAUGGCGCGUGGAUCGAGACAUAGCGUGGACAAUUCAGGCGGCGGGCCACACGCGAGCUUCAUACGGAGGGCUCCCGGACGUGAAAGCGAGCCGAGAUACGGAAUCAGGGUGGCCGGGAGAUACGAUGCGAGCCCGCGGACACAAAUUGCCUAACCGAGCGGCGCGCGCAGCGGAAAAUCAUCCAUGACGCACCGCAGCGGCGCAAAAUAGAGCCAGGGCCGGAUAGCGUCGCGAUCCGGGCACCAGGUAAGGAGAUUGCGGACCAGGCGUUAUCCCCAGGGAAAACCAUGCGAUGAUUCGAGAGCAUGACCUGGGACACCCGGGGAACCGAUUGCCGUCGAAAUCCGACCGUCCGGACGGAAGUUACGGGGACGGUCCACAAACUCGCUACCCGGAUAUUGGCUACAAGAACAACGCGCCGAAUCUAGCGAUUAAGGAUUGGGGAAGCGAUCACCGGAGGUUGCCUUCAACGGCAGACACCGCGAAGUAUACCUGGACAUCUUCUCCAGGAAGUCGGUCCGGAAACGUUUAUAGAAGCGUCGGAGACGACGUGCGCGCAGGUCGGCGUCGUAGAAAUCCGAAAAAUAAAGGGGGUGGAAAACCACUACCCGGGCGAGAAAGUGCGUCGUCCGUAAGGCGAGGCGCGUGGAAUUUUCCGUCGGGAACAUCUGGCACGUUCGCAAGUGGUAAACAACUCUUGUUAUUGCGUCGUGUGAAAAAUUACAGAAAGAGAAAGCGGCCAUGGAGCCGUGGUGGGGGUAAAACCUCGAAGGUGGGGGGCCACAGCGAGCGACGACACUCGAGGCAGUCUCUCGGGGGCGAUCGCAGAGGUAACACCUAUCUCGCGCGUAUAUCUCGGUGUGUCGUGCUAAGUCCCGCGAUAAUUACCGGAGUUACGAAAUAAGAUUACCUCGACGUCCAAAAUAACCGGGAACGCCCGCAUAACGCGUUAACAUUCGUCAUUACGAAGGCGAACGGCAUUAUAGUGCCAGCUUAGAAUACGAAAUUACGCACUUGGCGAGACGUGCGACCGCCAUCUUGCGCGGGAUCGAUAAUUGUGAACAACCAUCUG